AUGUCACAACAUCAAGAUACAUAUGCCUCUAAAAAUACUAAGUCUACUCCAAAAGCUAGUGUUCCUCCCAUGGACGUCCCUGAUGAUGAGAUUCUGGAUGUUGCUCCUCUCUCUGUUAUUCUCAGCGCGGAUAUUGAUUUGGACCAACCCAUCUCCAUUGAUGCCUCCGCUUCUGCAUGUUCCAAACAAGGUAAUCCCUCUAGUAUUCCGUCUGGUUCAACUCCUGACACUAAUUCUAAGGAAGGAACACACUAUACUGAUCAUGUUAUAAGAGAUCUAGUUACUAGAAUUCUUAAUGAAGGCCACUCUGUGAAGGGAGUUUCUACUUCCCUUUCUCAAAUGCAUCCCUCACCUGAGGUUGAACAACCUAGUGGUAAGGGUGAUGAUUCCUCCAGUUCUGAAAAGGACUUGGCUGCUGAAGGGUUGCGCUCUCUAAAGCAAACCAUGUCUAAAAAAGGGAAAUUUGUGACCUCUAACACUGCUAAUGCUUCCCACUCUGAGAAGCAUGAUGAUGCAAACGUUGUGAUUGAUCUAGAGCAUGGUAGCUCUGAUGAUCAAGAGGAAAGCUUGAUUCAUCACAUGAAGCCAAGUGUGGCUAAACGCAUGAAGACUCGUAAAAGAAAGUAUGUGGCUGAACUUAUGUCAGCUAGAAAAGCUAAGAAUACUGCUGGUAUUGGUCCCUCCAAACCAUGGAUCAUGGUGGAAAUAAAGAAGAGGAAGGUCAGAGAUGAUUCUGAGCCUGAAGAGGAUGUUGAGGAAGAUGUCCCUGACAUCUCGCCUGUGAAGAAAACUACUGUUAGGAAGUCUCCUUUUAAUGUGCAUGUUGUUCAUUUGGAUAACAUCUCCUUUCAUCUUAAGGAUGGAGCUACUAAGUGGAAAUUUGUGAUUCAGAGAAGGGUAGCUGUGGAAAGGGAAUUGGGAAAAGAUGUUGCUGAUGUCAAGGAGGUCAUGGACCUGAUAAAAGCUGUUGGGCUUUUGAAGACUGUUACUGGGUUCUCUCAAUGCUACAAAGGUUUAGUCAAGGAAUUUAUUGUUAAUAUUCCUGAGGAUAUUUAUGAUAAGAACAACAAGGAGUUCUGCAAGGUGUAUGUGAGGGGUAAGUGUAUAACAUUCUCUCCUACUGUUAUUAAUAAUUUUCUAGGUAGAAAUAAUGAGGGUGCAGGAGAAUUAGAAGUUACAGACAAUCGGGUCUGUAGGGAGAUUACAACUAGGCAGGUGAAAGUUUGGCCUGUUAAAAGGCAUCUUCUUGCUGGGAAGUUGACUGUCAAGUAUGCUAUCCUGAAUAAAAUAGAAGCUGCUAACUGGGUCCCUACCAACCAUAUCUCCACCAUUGUUAAUACUCUUGGGAGGUUUAUUUUUGCUAUUGGGAUAAAAGUGAAAUUUGACUAUGGUAGAUUUAUGUUUGAUCAAAUCAUUAAGCAUGCAACUACUAAUGCAGUUAAGCUGCCAAUUGCUUUUACCUCUAUGAUCUGUGGAAUCAUCUUAAACCAAUAUCCUGGUAUUCUGUGCUCAAAUGAUUUACCUAGUAGGAUAAAACCAGCUCUGGCUGUGCACUACAAACUCUUUGAAGGCAGUCAUGUCGAGGAUAUUGUCAUGACAUCUGCCAUGAAGGGGCCAACCUCAAAAGUUGGAGCAAUUGUUGAGCUUAAGGAGACAUGCAAAGAGCUAGGUGAAAGGAUUAGGGUAGCCACAACUAGAAAAAUAUCCUUGGAAGCCUUGAUUGCAAGCUUGGAGCAGGCUGAGGGUGAAAAUGUUGAACAUGCUAAUGUCAGCCAUGAAGAAGAAGCUGAAGCCCACACCUCUAGGAGAGGUCUGCUAAAAAUGAUGAUUCAAGUGGCAAUUCUGCUUCUGGUGCUGAUGAAGAGGCUGCAAACUCAAGCUCUACUGAGUAGCUCUGUUGGCUUUGGUCCCUCUUGUUUUGAUGAUUUUCUUGGCUCUAUGUAUGUACUUGGUUAUGUAACUCUUUAA